UUUUCCUCUCGCGUAUCUGCUAUGGCUGCUGGUUUGUUUGUUGUGCGAAAAAGUUAAAAUUUUCCAUCAAAAUGGAAGUUUCCGGGAACGGAAACUGUCAAAAGUGGUAGAUUAAAGUGUGUGCCAUUGUUGGCGUCCAGUGUUAAUAGUGAAGUUUUGUUUCCAAUCGAAUCGGAUUCGUUUUUCACUUCAGCUGGUCUGUUCGCCAUUGCCAGACAAUAGAUAACCAACAACAGCAACAACAUCAGUCAGGGCUGAGCUCCAACUCGUCGGUUUCUGAAGUGUUCUGUUGGCUCGCGGGAUUAGCUGAUCGGUGAAUUGGGGUUUGGGUGUGUAUGAUAUCUUUCAUUCAGUACACCUUAAGCACCAUGAUCAAUUUGAGCCAUAGUCACAACAGUAACACUGGAAGCAGCCAGAAUUCUGCUGCUGAAGGUACAAUGGAAAGGGGAAGUUGCAUCUUAGUGCGAUAUGCCAGCCAGAAUUCCCUGGACGAGAGUUCCCAGAAGCAACUACCGAGAUCGAAUGGAAAAGACAAAGCAACUGGAGCUUACCGUAACAAUGUGCACACUCAACGAUCAUUCGAUGCCAUGAACAACAUGCGAGAGCAAAAUUUGCUGUGCGAUGUGAUACUGGUCGCAGAUGGUAUCGAGAUUCCAGCUCAUAAAAUGGUGUUGGCUUCGUGUAGUCCGUAUUUUUACGCCAUGUUCACCGGUUUCGAGGAAAGCCGCCAGGAUCGAAUUACACUGCAGGGUGUUGACCAUCGUGCACUACAGCUGCUGAUUGAAUACGUCUACACGUCUGUGGUGGAAGUUACCGAAGAUAAUGUUCAGGUUCUGUUGACAGCAGCCAAUCUGCUGCAGCUGACCGACGUGCGUGAUGCUUGCUGUGAUUACCUGCAAACUCAGCUCGAUCCGAGUAAUUGUCUUGGCAUAAGGGAUUUUGCCGAUAUACAUGGCUGCAUCGAUUUGCUAAACUAUGCUGAAACGUACAUCGAACAACAUUUUUCGGAAGUUGUUCAGUUUGAGGAAUUUUUGAAUCUCACGAGCGAGCAAGUAGCUAAUCUGAUCAAAAGCGACCGACUCUCGGUUCCUUCAGAGGAAAAGGUUUACGAAUGUGUAAUAAUCUGGAUUCAGUACGACAUUGCCAGCCGCCAGUCAUAUUUGGCAGAUCUGAUGGAACAUGUACGAUUACCAUUGCUUUCGCAGGAAUAUUUGGUUCAACGGGUGGAAAAGGAACACCUAUUGAAGGGCGAUAUUCAGUGCAAAGAUUUCAUAAUCGAAGCGCUUAAAUAUCAUCUGCUGAAGGGCGAACAAAAGUCCUCCUUCAAGACCCCUCGAACCAUUCCUCGACAGCCGGUAGGAUUGCCGAAGGUUCUGCUCGUCAUUGGUGGACAGGCACCAAAAGCGAUUCGAUCGGUUGAGUGCUACGAUCUGCGGGAGGAACGAUGGUAUCAAGUUGCUGAAAUGCCUACGAGAAGAUGCCGUGCCGGGUUAGCUGUUCUCGGGGAUAAAGUUUAUGCCAUAGGAGGCUUCAAUGGGUCAUUGAGAGUUCGUACGGUUGAUGUUUACGAUCCCGUCCAAGAUCAGUGGAGUACUUGCAACAGCAUGGAAGCAAGACGAUCAACGUUGGGAGUGGCAGUUUUAAAUAACUGUAUAUUUGCGGUUGGUGGGUUCGAUGGUUCGUCCGGUUUAAGUUCGGCGGAGAUGUUUGAUCCAAGAACGCAGGAAUGGCGACUGAUUGCAUCGAUGUCUACAAGACGUAGCUCGGUUGGUGUUGGUGUGGUUUAUGGAUUGUUGUAUGCCGUUGGGGGUUAUGAUGGAGCUUCACGACAGUGUUUGGCUUCUGUAGAACGGUACAAUCCUGCCAUGGAUACGUGGACUCAAAUUGCCGAGAUGACUGACCGUAGGAGUGGAGCAGGAGUUGGUGUGUUGGAUAAUAUUUUGUACGCUGUUGGAGGUCAUGAUGGGCCGUUAGUUAGGAAGUCGGUAGAAGCCUAUAACGCGGAUACUAACACUUGGCACAAAGUUGCCGAUAUGGCAUUCUGUCGACGUAAUGCCGGAGUUGUUGCCCACAAAGGCAUGCUGUUCGUUGUGGGUGGAGACGAUGGAAGCUCAAACUUAGCCUCGGUAGAGGUUUACACUCCGGAAACAAAUACAUGGAGAGUGCUAUCAUCAUCGAUGAGCAUCGGACGUAGUUAUGCCGGUGUAGCUAUGAUAGAUAAGCCUAUGUGAAGCGAACAGCAGGGCGCUACCGCCGCCAUGGCAGCAAGCAGCUCAAGGUAUGCAAAUUGUUCUAUCAACGGUAGUGCAGCGAAUAAUCAAAACAACGACGACGAGAAUAGUCAAGCUGAAGGGCUGAACUCAGAAUCUGGUGCUGUAGGUUAUAAUCAAGUCGCAAACAAUAACAAUAAUACUAACAACAACAACAAUAACGUACACUACGAAAAUAUUUACGAGUCAAUUGAACAAUACGCUGCUGCCGCGAAUGCUGGUGUGGCUGCGGCCGCCCCUGCUGUUGCUCAAAAUCUUCCUGGAAACAUUCCACCGCCACCCCAUGGCGUCAUUUUGAAUCAACAACCCCAACCCGGUCCUUCCGCCGCUCCGGUUAUUUUGGGACUGAGAAACAACAUUCAAGCUGGAGCUAGUUCAUGCCCACCACCACCUCCUUCAAGUAUACUACAAAUGCAACAACAGUACCAUCCAUUAGCAUAUCGCAACGAACUGUACGAUCGAACUGCUGGGUACGAUGUUCCACGCGGUUGUCCACGAAGCAACUAUUAUCAGAAUCAACAGUCAACGGGCACGGUGCCCCGUUAUCAGAAUUUACAUUUGGAUUUAAACCGACCUCGUUAUCCUCCGAACCCCAUACGAACUCCACGGCAGCGAAGUUUCGAUGAUACCGAAUCCUGCCAGUACUAUCGAUACCAAAAUCAAAACAAUUUUACCAAGUACGAUAACCUUUACGAGCGUGUUCGAGAGGAACCUGCCUAUCAGAACACUGGAACUUUCGGUACAUCUAACGGUGCUGGCGCUGCCAAUCGAGGAAUUUUCGGAAGAUUGGAUGUUAUAGGUCAUGGGGUAGGUCGUAUCGAGCGUCACUUGAGCUCGUCCUGUGGAAAUAUCGAUCAUUAUAGUUUGGGCGGAAAUUAUGCAGUUCUAGGUCACAGUCAUUUGGGAAACAUUAGAUUAAACCCGUCAUCAAACAAUCAACCGAGUGUCGGCAAAGAUUCAUCAUCGGUCAAUGUAAAAAGCUUCUUCAGUUGCUUGGGUGGAGAGAAUUCGCAAUCAAUGAACAACAUCAGCAAGAACGGAUAUUCAACCCAGUCGAAUACUGUCAAUGCCUCGGCCACCAAUAGCGAGAAUAGUGGAGCUGCUGGAUUACCAUUUCCAGUUUUGGCCGGCUCUUCCUCCACCACAGCAAAAGUAACCGGAACAAUCCCGAAAAUCAAGAUUAAGUCUAAGAAAGAAAGCUUGGAGCAAAAUGAACCCGAUCCGCAAAUUAGUCGCAUCCCCAAACCUUCUCUUCAAUGGCUGUUCGUAAACAAGUGGCUUCCCCUGUGGGUCGGACAAACUCCUCCGGAUUACAAAUUCAUCGAUUUCAAUUUCAUGUUUUCUCGAAAUUGCGACGGUUGUGGUAGCACUACGAACCAUCAAGAAUUGAUGAGAUUGGAUGGUCAGGCAGAAAUGCGAUCCCAAGAGUACGGAGACUACAUUCCACCGGCUAGAGAAUACCCAACAAUGAACGGAAGUUACCCGCGAGUAUUGAGGAAUACUCCUCAACUUUCUAGACUGCGAGAGCAUGAGUAUGAAAAUGUUCCUGUGGACUCGCCAUCCGGUCGACUGGAUUACGCAGCUGCUCGCGCUGCAUUAAGCCAUGUAAAUCGGACAAGAUCAGACAGUCCUGCACGAUCCGCCGGUGGCUGCAGGCGCGAGGAACGGGCGGCUUCCAGUGAUCUAUUCCGUAAUUGGGCAUUUAACUUCGAAGACAAUAGUUUCCGACCUGCUGUCGCUACCGGACAAAAUGAGACCCCCAGUCCAAGACCGAGAGAAAUUCGCCGUAUAACUGAUGGAACUUUCCGUACGACUGAUUUCCAGAAUUUUGUUCCUUCCAAAGAUUCCUCGACUCCUGUAAUCGUUGUCAAUGAUUUGGCUACACCUUCCACAUCACGCUCAAAUUCAGCAUCCCCGCCAAAAAGUAAGGUGAUCGCAGAAUCAUUGGUUCCAGCUGGAAAGGAGGAAACUCCAGGUUCGUGUUCGUCGGAUUCUGAAAAUUUUGUGGUGGACUCCACUGCAAGUUGUGCUGGUGAGGUAGCCAAAGAUAACAACGAUAGCACUCAGUGCUUUGAGAAAGCUGUAGAUGCCGAAGUAAGCAAAGAUGUCGCCAAAGACCGGGAAACCAACACUUCUACGGAGACUUCGGAAUCUUUCAACUAUGAGGAAAAUGCGGCUGAUUCAUCUAACACGGAUGACGAUAAUGACAAUGAUGAAAACGUCGAAGCUAUCUAAAAUUGCAAAACGCUUAACCAUAUCUCGAUGUUUUUUUCUAUCAAACAAUUCCCCCGGUAAACUGUUUUGAAUCGAAAGCAAUCUUUAGUCGAUUUGACCCUGCUUGCUCAAUAUUUAUUUAGAUUCUAUUUAUUAUUCUAUAUACACCAAACAUUUCCCUUUUACAAACCACUUUUUACGUAAAAGACUAUUUUUCGGAACAAAGUAGCAUUUAUUGGCAGAAAACUCACUUUUACUGUGAAUUAAGUAGAAGCAUUUAGCGGUUAGUUCGUGAAGACGUACGUAAUUUAAGAGUUACAAGGCAAAGACAUGUUACAUCCAAAGUAGAUUAAGCACCAAUAACGAAUGAUCAAAAUCAAUGUCGAACACGAUUAAUGAUAUCAAUGUAUGUUUGUCAGUUUAGCAGCAAAAUGCAAUAAAAACACAAAUCGUAUAUACUCCAAUCGUUAGUUAGGCCUGUCAGCUGAACAAAACCAUUAUUUUCUAAGUUGCAUCCAUCUUUCCCCUUCCACAUUCGACACGCGUAAAAAAGGAUCCCGUUAGCGUUAGCUAAUUUAACUCAUUCACACGAUUCUGCCAACAGGUGGCAAACAGUGGCGCAGAAACACGUACAUACAGAAUGUCAAUUUUUCGGUUAUGAACGAACAGACAGAAACAAUGAAACAUAAGUUCAGUCAGUACAAACCCUGUAAUGGUGAGACCUAUCGAAACUACUUUUUAUCUCGAUAUCAAGCACUGAUAAGGCCAGCAGCAAGUACUUUUAGUCCAGAGUAGAGUGAUAGUAACAACGGGAAAGGCACCGAUAUUUAAUCCUUAACAGUCAUGAUAGUAAGAGUAAAUUUAUAGAUGAACAAAUAAAUAAUUAUCCGCUAUUUGCAGAGUAAAACACAAAAAGUAAAACAAUUGCUGUAGUUCUGAUACUUUUUGACAACCCCAAAUUCCUACGUCCUGCCACUAUGGACAAUGAUUAUUGUAUGCAUUAAGAUGACGCAAGAAAUAAAUGGAUUUAACAGUUUA